ACUGCAAAACACACCACAAGCUAAAUUUACCUUCCUAAACGCGUCGUGCUCGCUAUAGCUAGCUUAGCUACAAUGGCGGCUGCCUACGUGUUAGCACUGGCCGCGCUGCUCGCCCUGGCGUCAUCGUCUUCUCAACAAUACGCAAACGCACAAGCGUCGCUGCUUCACGGCGACGACGCUCUCGCGGCGCUGGCCGCGGCGGGGAAGCUGCGCACGGACGCGACCGCGACGGCAGCGGCGUCCACGGACUUCGGCAACAUCACGUCCGCGCUGCCGGCCGCCGUGCUGUUCCCUUCGUCCCCGGCGGACAUCGCCGCCCUGCUUCGCGCUGCGGCGGGCAAGGUCUCGUUCCGGGGCCGGGGCCACUCCGUCAUGGGCCAGGCCCUGGCCCCCGGCGGCGUGGUCGUCGACAUGCCGUCCCUGGGCCUGGGCCUGGGCUUGUCCGGAGCGCGCAUCAACGUGUCCGCGGACGGCGGGUACGUGGACGCCGGCGGCGAGCAGCAGUGGAUCGACGUGCUGCGGGCGGCGCUCAGGCAGGGCGUCGCGCCGCGGUCGUGGACGGACUACCUGCGGCUCACCGUGGGCGGCACGCUCUCCAACGCCGGCAUCAGCGGCCAGGCGUUCCGCCACGGCCCGCAGAUCUCCAACGUCCUCGAGCUCGACGUCAUCACCGGCAACGGCGAGACGGUGACGUGCUCCAAGUCCGAGAACGCGGACCUGUUCGACGCGGCGCUGGGCGGGCUGGGCCAGUUCGGCGUCAUCGUCCGGGCCCGGAUCCCGCUCGAGCCAGCCCCGGCCCGGGCCCGCUGGGUCCGGCUCGUCUACACCGACUUCGCCACCUUCUCCGCCGACCAGGAGCGGGUGAUCGCCGGCGCCGCGGAUUCGGCGUUCGGGGCCGUGAGCUACCUCGAGGGCGCGGCGUACGUGAACCAGAGCCUCGCCUCAGGGCUCAAGAACGCCGGCGGCUUCUACUCCGACGCCGACGUGUCCCGGAUCGUCGCGCUCGCCGCCCUCCGGAACGCCUCCUCCCUCUACGCCAUCGAGCUGACCCUCAACUACGUCAACGCCACCGCCGUGGACCAGGAGUUUGAGGCGGUGGUGGGGGAGCUUCGGCACGAGACGGGGUUCGCGUUCGCGCGGGACGUGGCGUACGAGGCGUUCCUGGACCGGGUGUACGAGGAGGAAGUGGCGCUGGAGAAGCUGGGGCUGUGGCGGGUCCCGCACCCCUGGCUCAACGUGCUGGUCCCAAGCUCCCGGAUCGCCGACUUCGACCGCGCCGUCUUCAAGGGCAUCCUCCAGGGCACCGACAUCGCCGGCCCACUCGUCAUCUACCCGCUCAACAAAUCCAAGUGGGACGAGGGGAUGUCGGCGGUGACGCCGGCGGAGGAGGUGUUCUACGCGGUGUCGCUGCUGUUCUCGUCGGUGGCAAACGACCUCAAGAAGCUGCAGGCGCAGAACCAGAAGAUACUGCAGUUCUGCGACAUGGCCGGGAUCGGGUACAAGGAGUACCUGGCGCACUACACCACACGGGGCGACUGGGCCAGGCACUUCGGUGACAAGUGGGAUCGCUUCGUCCAGAGGAAGGACAAGUACGACCCCAAGAAGCUGCUCUGCCCCGGCCAAGACAUCUUCAACUAGAGCUUAAUUUGUUAAUUAUGAGUAGCUGUUACUCCAAUUAGGUUAGCUAAUUUGUACCGGUAGAAACAAAAGUGUGCGAAAACCUCCACCUGCAUGUGUAUAUUCCGAACAAAAAUAAAGGUCAUGGUGAUGGAAAGAAUAAUUUGUUGAGAGGAAAUCGCACGUCGUCAUGUUCCUUCAUUUGUAAAAAGUCGUACACAAAGUCGUACACCGUCAUCUG